AACUGAUGGAUCACCUUAUGAAUAAUUAAAACUUUUUGGUCGUACGUGUGUAUUUAUUGAGACGUCUCUGACGUCUCACAUGUCCGUGUUUCGUGUUCUACUCUUUUUCCUCCCAGCAGUUACGAGCUCGCUUUCGUCAAGUGAAGGUCUCCCGCGUGUUAUUGAGUGGAGGAAAAAAAGAGAAAGCUUUCAUCAAAUUCCACACGAGGAAUUUCGUAGACUGAAAAGGAUGACGUUUACAUUUGGCAACACAGUGCGUAAAAGUGGCAUAAUUAAAGAAGCUUUCAGAGCAUUCUCGUCCAAAUUGAAUAUCGCUGCACCUAUUCAAGAGGCUGCUCUCGAUGAAAAAUGUAUCCUAGUUGACGAGUUCGACAGACCUCGUGGUGAAGCUAGCAAACGAGAAUGUCAUCAAAUUAACGAAAGAGGCGGCGAUCUUCCUCUUCAUCGUGGUUUCAGUGUCUUCCUUUUCGACACCAAAGGCAACUUACUGCUUCAAAAAAGAGCGUCGACAAAGAUAACAUUUCCUAGCUGCUAUACAAAUACUUGCUGCAGUCACCCAUUGGCAGAAGUACCAGGUGAAGAUGAAGAGCAUUUGGCUCUUGGUGUUAAAAGAGCAGCUCAGCGCAGAUUGAAUUAUGAAUUGGGAAUUCCAAAGACUGAAGCUGGACUAGAUGAAUUUAAAUAUUUAACGAGAAUACAUUAUCGUUCGCUGGGUGAUGGCAAAUGGGGGGAGCAUGAAAUAGACUAUGUGCUGUUUCUUAAAAAGAAAUCAAUAACACUUGAUCCGAAUCCUGAUGAAGUUAGCGAAAUACAUUGGGUAGCCAAAGAUGCUUUUCCUGAUUUUAUAAAAGACGUUGGUGCACCUCUGACUCCUUGGUUUCAACUCAUGUUGAAAUACUCGCUGCCACAGUGGUGGGAAAAUUUGGACUCCCUUGAAAAAUGUCAAGAUCAUGUUUCAAUUCAACGAUUCUUGUGAUCGACUACCAAAUAAGGCAAUUUGGAGGAGAAAUUGCAAGCUGGAUUUUUACUGGGAGAUUAAAGGGCAUAUAAGAGAAUAGAUAAUUUGAAUCAUACAUUAAAAUGUACAGCGUCCAUUCAAAGAUAUAUUUUCUUUACGAUAAGUUUGAAAGUGUUUUAGAAUAAAAAUGAGAUAUUUUAAAUAAAAUUCAUGUAUGUUUUUUUUUA